CCAACCGUCGCAGUUAUCUGCUCGCCACAGUAAGUGCACUGGAAAACUUGAAGCAAUCCUUCCAAUAAAGUUUUGAUUAAUCAAAUCCCAAAAUCAAUUCUUCUUCCACUUUCCGAAGCUGCAUUAUUUCUUCAUAAAAAAUGGGCGUUCCCUCCUUCUAUCGCUGGCUCGUCAACAAAUACCCCAAAAUAGUAUCCGACGCCGCCGCCUCCGCCGACCCGCCGGAGAUCGAUAAUUUGUACCUCGACAUGAAUGGAUUAAUACAUCCUUGCUUCCACCCCGAUGAUGAUCCUUUUCCUCCGACCACCGUCGACGACGUUUUUCGGCGAAUCCAUGAUUACGUGGACAGUCUCUUCGACAUCGUCAAACCUCGUAAACUGCUGUUCAUGGCUAUUGAUGGUGUUGCUCCAAGGGCUAAGAUGAAUCAGCAACGCUCUAGAAGAUUCCGUUCUGCUAAAGAUUCCCAACGUGCUGAGGAAGUGGAGGAUAAGUUGAGGAAGCAGUUUGAGGCUGAAGGGAGAGUUGUUCUUCCUAAACAAGAAUCAGAGAUUUUGGAUUCUAACGUGAUUACUCCCGGUACUGAAUUCAUGCACUUGCUGUCUGAGAAUCUGAGAAGCUAUGUGAAACGACGGUUGAGAGAGGAUCCAGCUUGGGGGAACAUAAAGGUUAUCUUGUCUGAUGAUAAGGCUCUUGGGGAGGGGGAGCAUAAAAUAAUGAGCUUUAUCAGAGCACAACGUGCAUCUUCUGAAUAUGAUCCGAACACGAGGCAUUGCCUCUAUGGUCUGGAUGCUGAUUUAAUCAUGCUUGCGUUAGCCACGCAUGAAGCACAUUUCUCGAUUCUGAGAGAGGAGGUUUUGCCUCUAAAUGGAGAACUUAGAAAUGGGAAUUUUGGCCGUGCAUUGGUUGAUUCUGUUAAGGAGCAACCUUUGAGUCGUGAAUCGGCCUCUAGUCAGGAAUCUAGGUGGCAAGCCAGUAAGCGAAAACCGUAUCAGUUUUUGAAUGUGUCUGUUUUGAGAGAAUACUUAUCUCUAGAUAUGGAAAUUCCCGGCUUCGACAAAUUUGAAUUUGAUCAAGAAAGAGCCAUUGAUGAUUUCAUCUUCAUUUGCUUCUUUGCUGGGAAUGAUUUUCUUCCCCAUAUUCCAAGCCUUUCAUUGCAUGAGGGCUGUAUCGAUCUGAUGAUCGAUGUGUACAAGAAAGAAUUCCAAAAUUUUGGUGGCUAUUUAGUGAAUAUGGAAAAGAUAGCUGAUACAAACGGGGGCUACAUAAAGCUGAGUCGUGUAGAAAGAUUCAUCCUCGCUGUUGGUGCAUACGAGGAGGAAAUCUUCAGUAAACGAGCUGAUAUCAGAGAAAAAAAACUGAGACGAAUGCUUGCUGAGCACAGAGAUGCUCAAGAAGAGGAACAGAACUGCCUGGAUGAAGGAACCUCAUCCGAAAUAUUGGCCAUGCAUGACAUUUCACGUAUUGAUAAACUGAAGAUUUCUGCUCCGGCAGAAGAUGCUGAUACGGUUAUGGAAAAUACGAAGCAGUUGAAGCAAAAGGUCAAAGACGUAAUAAAAAGAGAAUCUGAUAUGUUUAAAGAUGGCUUAUGUGCUGAUAAGCUGAAACUGGGAAACCCGGGUUGGAGGCAGCGAUACUACAAAGAAAAAUUCUACACCGACACCCAAAUAGAAAUGGAAUCAACAAGGAAAUCUGUGGUUGCAGAGUACGGAAAAGGUCUUUGUUGGGUGCUGUUGUAUUAUUUUUCUGAAGUCCCAUCUUUUACAUGGUUCUUUCCGUACCAUUAUGGCCCGUUUGCGUCAGACUUCAGAGGGCUUUCUCGGGUGAAGGUGAAGUUUCAGAAAGGCUUCCCCUUUAAGCCGUUUGAUCAGCUAAUGGGAGUACUUCCUCCGAGCAGUUCUCAUGCACUGCCUGAGGCAUACAAGGGUCUUAUGGUUGACGGAGAAUCCAAGAUAAUCGACUUAUAUCCUAUAGAAUUCAAGAUGGAUGUCGAUGGGAAGCGUUUUUUGUGGCAGGGCAUAUGUAUUCUUCCGUUUAUAGACGAAGAACGUCUUCUUGUGGAGACGAAGAAAGUUGAAAAUGAACUGAAGGAUGAAGAGAAGAUCCGGAAUGAGGAGACUCAUCAUCGGCUGUUUCUGAGACAUUCGAGUGAGUUGAGGCUGGAAUUGUCGUCGUGCAGAGUGAGAAUGAGUUCGGAGAAGAUCAAGGGACCAGUCGCGAUCCACAGCCAUAUCAAAGGAAUCGAAGGUACGUUACAUGUAACGAGUGAUCAGAUUGAAAGGGAUGAUGACGAGAAAUCUGAUAUAUGCAUUUUCUAUGAGAUCCCUCGGUGUUUCAAAUUCGUUCCUCGACUUCUUGAAGGCGUCAACUUACCUGAAAAGACUGUCUGCAGAGAAGACUUAGCAGAAAUCGUUCUUUGGCAUGAGCACCGCGGGCAUGGAGUGUGGCGCAAUCAAACGCCUCACUAUCAAAAAUCAGACGUUGCAUCACAAUCUGAGGGCCGUGGCUUCUGUAUUGGUCGAGGAAGAACUUUCGUGCCUCAAGAGAAUUCGUGUCAUGACCAUGGUAACAUUGGCCGUCAGCAACCGGCUGGAUCUUUUAGGAGGGAUGAUCAUGAUCGUUCCACAUCGAGCUAUAGACAAAGUGACAGCAAUUUCCGGCAGUGUCGUGGUGAUCCUGCUAACACUGAUUGGAGGGUGCGAAAUCCCUCUGGUAAUAUUGGGGCAGGAAACCUAGGCGGACAACGACAGUAUGCGAAUCAGCCGUUUGUGGCUAAUGCUGGCCGUGGCCAAGGCGGCCAGAGACAGUCAUCACACAUGACUCGGCCCUUUGUGCCAAGUGGUGGUUUGGGCCAUGGCGGCCAAGUACAGCGAACAAGUCAGCCGUUUCUUCGUAAUGGAGGACGUGGUCAGGAACGAUGUCGAGGCUGGUGGCCUCGGAACAUAGAUCAGUAGACAGUGUUUGUAUGUCUGAUCUCUGGUUAUAAUAUUAUCAUAGUUUUUUGGGAUCAAGAAACUAAGGAUCCAUUUUUGUUGUGUACAAUCACAAUGUAUAUAUGUUGAAUUAUGCUAUCAUUGGUAUAAAACAAUUAAUGUGAUAGUAUAAAUUUGUUA